CGGGUUAGUGUGUGAUUUGUUGGGAGUUAUACACAUUUCUCCGGGCUUAGCAUAGUCGUCCGUGGUAUUUCACAAUGGCAAUUGAAGUGGUCUCCCUCACCGAGGCGGACAUCCCUCAAGCGAUCGAAAUCAUCCAAACCGCAUUCGCAGAAGAUCCAUAUUUCCAAUGGGUGUUCAACUCUCGCAAUUUUAAUAAGCAAAGGAAUCAUGACUCCCUGGCUGUGCGAUGUCUCUGGGGCAUCAACAAUGCCAUCUUUCAGGUUGCGAAAGAGACCACCACCACCACCACCACCACCGCCGCCACUGACGAUGAUGCGACACGGAUCGUGGGCGUGUCGUGCUGGCUGCCGCCGCAUUCAUCGCAGGAGCCGGAAAGCUGGUACAGUUGGUAUCAGGGGUGGGUGCUGUCGUGGCGGCAGAUGCUGAACAAUGUAUGGCAUUGGGGUCGGGGCGGACUCAAGACGAAUCGGUAUUGGAUCUGGAAGGACCGACAGCAUGAGGCGCAGGCCCAGAUCUGGGAUGAUCCGAAGGGGUAUUAUUUUUGUAACAUUGUGGCGGUUCGACCGGGGUUCCAGGGCCAGGGGAUCGGGCGAAAGCUCUUUGAGGCGGUGACGGAUCGAGCGGAUCAGGAAGGUGUCAAGUGUUAUUUGGAGAGUUCGAGGAAUGUGCCGAAUGUGCAGAUCUAUGAGAAGAUGGGGUUUGCGAUGAAGAAGGAGAUGGAGUGUCGGGAUGGAGAGGAUGUUUGUAUGCUUUACUGUAUGGUUCGUGAACCCAAGGCCAAACACUGAGGGGGGGUUUCUAGAAGCCGUUGUAACAGGUUGGGGUUGGUGGCAGUCAAACAACGCUGGCACGUGGAAUGUUGGCAUCCUCGGAUCAGAAUGAAUGUUGUCGGAUGCAUGUGGUGGCUGGAAUUUCAGUGGGCCUAAAAAUGGAACCUUUAAAUCAGUCAGCCACAAGUUUAUAACUAUCUCCUUUAUCCUUUAGCUCCUUGCUCCUUGCUCUUGCUGAGCCUCGGGUUGCUGCAGAAUCUGGCCAAGACCCGGGGAAGAUCCACGGCUCCACUGCGCGGCAGUUGCCCGUUCCAAGCCAGGUUUCUUUCAGGU